AACGACCUUCCCCUUCGUCUGGCACUCUUGCUCACUCUGCCAUUCCUCGCCCUCUCCGGCCCGCCGACCUCAGCAGAGACCCGCCAUCUAUCUCCUCAAAGAAACAUGUUGUUCUUUUCGUACUUCAAGGACUUGGUCGGCAGAGAAGUAACUGUGGAGCUGAAGAAUGAUUUGGCAAUCAGAGGAACCCUUCACUCCGUCGAUCAGUACCUCAAUAUCAAGCUCGAGAAUACUAGGGUUGUUGAUCAAGACAAGUACCCUCACAUGCUUUCCGUGAGGAACUGUUUCAUUAGAGGAUCAGUUGUGAGAUAUGUUCAACUACCACCCGAAGGAGUGGACGUGGAAUUACUUCAUGACGCCACAAGAAGAGAAGCUCGAGGCGGCUGAAAUUGAUAGGUCGACCUUUUCACUUUCAGCGUAUUGUAAUGAACAUCAAAAUAUCUGCAUUAGAUACUUUUGCUUGUUACAAUUUUUUCUUCAGACCAAACCUUAUCUUGACAUUGCUGUUUGCUCUGUGACAAUUUAAUGAAAAACAGAACCUGCUUGGUAUUAACCAGCAGGGUCGUGUAUCAAUGUUUAAAUUUUCGUCCAGACAGUGCCAAUUAAUCAGUAUUCAUUAU